CAUUUUUCAAGUUCUGUUGUUGUGAUAUUAUAAUCCUGGGAUAUUUGAUUUCAAAAUGAUUUGUACAGUAUUUUUUGUGUUGCAUGUGGUUCUCAGCUCUUUUUGCUGGUCUUGUGGAUCACAUAAUUUUAUAAUAUUUUGGCCUCUGACAAUGGUUUUGGCUCCCAUCACAGUGGUUGAUGCUUGUCCUAAUCCCUGCAAAUGUGAAGAGACUGCUACUAUUAUCUGUUCGGAAAGAAAACUUCUGGAGAUCCCUCAUCUCCCUGAGGGUACCAAGAUAUUGUAUGCUACACAUAAUUUUAUCCAGGCUCUCCCUAGAGAAGGUUUGGAAGAAUUGACACUUCUCGAUCUCACCAAGAAUCACUUAAAUUUGUCACUGACUUCUGAAACCAUUUGGCAGAACAUGAGUAAUCUUACCAAGCUAUUUCUGAGUGGAAAUGAUCUUCAUACAUUAACGCCAGGACAAUUUCAUGGACUAGUAAAUCUUCAAGUGUUAGACCUCAGUAACAACUACAUUAAGACUUUUCCUCGGAAGCUUCUUUAUGGUCUGAACAGCCUUCAAACCCUUAAUAUGAAUUUUAACCAAAUAUUCCGUUUAUCCUGUGGAGUCCUGGAUGGAGCUCCUGCUCUUAUGGACCUCCAACUAAAGAGUAAUAAUAUUGAAAUGAUAGAGUUAGAUGUAUUUGAAAACAGCACCAACCUAGCUAAAGUCUAUCUCUCUAAAAAUAAUUUGAAACAUGUAGGCUAUGGGAGUUUCAGGGGUGCCAAUGCGCUGGAACAAUUUGAUCUUAGUCGAAAUGGGCUCACUGGCAUACCUAUUGGUGUCCUACAGGACACCCCAAACCUCACUAGCCUCCAGCUUCAGAAAAAUAAUAUAACUUAUGUUCCUGAUUAUGUUUUCUCUGAGAUUCCUGCGUUGAAGCAUUUGGACUUGAGUCAUAAUGCUCUUGUUUCUUUGACUGACGGUUCCCUAAGAGGACUUUCCCAGCUAGGUGCAUUGGAUUUGAGUUUCAAUCAGUUGCAGUCCCUAACUUCACAAGUGUUUCAAGACUUGGGGAAACUCGAGAACCUUAACUUGUAUCACAAUCAUCUGAUGUCACUUCCGAAUGGUGUGUUCAACAGUUUAAGUAGGAUAACAGAUCUCCAGUUGGAUAGCAAUAAUAUCUCUGCAAUCCCACCAGACCUAUUUCAUCCACUUUCAGUAUUAUGUGAUCUACAUUUGGAUAACAAUCACAUUUCUGAGCUCGACUCGGACACAUUUAUGAAGUUGGGAAAACUUAAGUAUCUUGACCUCAGCAACAAUAACCUUGUGAGGAUUCCAAUGCACCUCUUCCAAAAGACACAUAAUUUGAGGGAUCUAAAUCUGGAGAAAAAUAAUAUCAACUUGAUUUUCAAAUCAUCCUUUGGAGGACUGGGAAGACUGCGCACUCUGAGGCUCAGCAACAACCACCUGUCAAGUCUCCAACCAGAGCUACUGACAACUCUAAAUAGUUUAAGGGAGUUAUGGCUUAGUGAAAAUCAGAUAAAAACCAUCCCAAAUGGCUUUUUUAUUCAACUUAAAAACUUGAGGAUUCUCGAUUUGUCCAACAAUAACCUGCAUUCCGUGUCCUCUGAUAUCUUCAAAGAUAUGUUCACAUUGAAAAAGCUAGAUCUGAGCUUCAAUAAACUUGACAAGCUUCCGGAUGACUUCUUCACAGCCUUGAGAAAUCUUCAAAGGCUCCACCUGCAAAACAACCGGCUCACACAAUUACCCACCAAAGUGUUUUCUGUUCUAACCAAUUUGAAAGAGCUCCAUUUGGACAAUAACCUGCUCCUUCACUUUGAUCCUGCACAAUUUGAAGGCUUAGUGAAUUUAAGAGAACUCAAUAUUAAAAAUAAUCAACUGCGCUCAAUAGAAAAUGGGACACUGAUGCCUUUAAAAACCCUAAAACACAUUGAUCUUGAUGGGAAUCCGUGGGAUUGCUCUUGUAAGUCCAUUCUGUAUAUAAGUCAGUGGUUCAACAACAAUGCUAGGUUGGUAAAAACUAGACCCUUGUGCAGCUCUGGUGGAGGUAGAGAUCUUUCCUAUCCAGCUAAAUUUCCAUUAUCAUUAUCUGAGCAUUGCACAAGUUCUGCCUGUUUUUCUAUACACAUGCAUAAAGUGGAACUACUAACAAUUCUCAUCGCUUUCUCCCUGUCUUUUAAUUUCUUAUGAAAACUUCACCAUUUGGAUUGCUGUGCAAUGCUAGCAUGCCAGCCUCAUGCGUGGUUAAAGUGUCAAGAAAAAAAAAAAAACAGCCACUGCUUGUGUGUGAAUUAGGUAUGCAUUCGCAUUUGUACAUACAUAGAACGCCAAUGCUUGCAUCAGAGAAAACAUUUACAAGGCAAUGUUCCAUAAAACACUGAAAAUAUGAUGUACAGUA